AUGCAGCUCAGAGUAGUAGCAGCCCGCUACCCAGUGACUGAGCUUCCCAGCGAGUUAUACCAUGCACAAAAUCUCUGCCCGAGCUCCAUCAUCAUCCUGGUCUUAUGCAGCUUUGAGUGCGGCCAUGACGCCCCAAAUGCCGCCCACGUCCGCGCCCGACUGCUCAAGCUGCCCGUGCCCGUGCCCGUGACUGCCUCCAGCACCAUCAGCACGAAGGCGACAUCUGCACCUGGUACCAUCGAAGACAUUCGCUCUAAUGCAUCAGGUGCUGAGCGCUCGGUCAGUGUCUCUCGUAUAGUCAUCGAGAAGGGCAUAUCAAGCUACCAUGGGCGCACCAGCACCUUGUUUGACGAGAAUGCCCACCACGACCGUCCUACUCGGCCAGAGAUCCCUGAGCAGUGGAUCGAGAACGGUCUCGUUGCUGAAGCCACACGCUAAUAUCAGCUAGAAGACUACUAUUAUCGAAGGGGAGCUCUAGACUUUGAUGGCGUUGACCCGGACCUGGGCAUGCACCUGUUGAACUUGCACUGGAACCGUCAGCACCACUCAUUCUUGAUCAUUUACAG